CGCCGCGCAGAACUGGCGCUCUAGGCCGCCGCGUUGGUUGGCCUCGUUCGCCUGCUCCAGGAAAGGCCCCGACUUGUGGUAUUCGAGGCGGGCUGGGAAUUCCGGACCUUUGGGUUCCUUGGCCGCACAGGCAAAAAGCAUGCUUGGGAGGAUGGCUCCGGUUCUGUAUGCUUAGGUCCAGGGACAGAAUAGGAGUGACCCUUCAGUGGGGAGGGGGCUACUCUCUUUCUUUUGUUAAUAAAUUUCUCAUCCCCUGCGUAGCCUUCGACCACCGGUCCGUCAUGGAGCUCGCCGGCACCUGCUCCAGCUUUCAGUCAGACCUGGAUUUCUGUCCGGAUUGCGGCUCGGUCCUGCCUCUGCCCGGAGCUCAGGACACGGUUACCUGUACUCGCUGUGGCUUUUCCAUCAACGUGCGAGACUUUGAGGGGAAGAUGGUGAAGACUUCAUUUGUGUUCCGCAAACUGGGAACAGCCAUGCCUGUAUCAAUGGAGGAAGGACCUGAAUUCCAAGGACCCGUGGUUGACAGGCGCUGCGCUCGAUGUGGUCAUGAGGGAAUGGCUUACUACACCAGACAGAUGCGCUCAGCGGAUGAAGGGCAGACUGUCUUCUACACCUGUACAAACUGCAAGUUCCAGGAGAAGGAAGACUCUUGAUUUUUUUCCUGAGCAACUCAACAAUCCCUCCUUCUCCUUGGAAGGUGAAGGAUAUUGGGUUCUUAGGUCUUUGUCCACCUUCUGGUUGCACUGUUUUGCUCCCAGAGGAAAAGCAUAUUGUCAUGUGGUGAUUACCAUUGUCCUCAGAGUACUCCUACCCUGGUUGAGUUUCCUUUUUAAAGUUUUAUUUUUCUUUAGGAGCCAGACAUAUGUAUGUUAUUUAUAACCUGUCUUAUUCCAAAUAAAUUUAGUUUACAGAAA